GAUCAAUUGUGUGAAUCCAAAAUGGCCGUUCCCGGCGCACGUUACUUGUGCUACUUGUCAAACGUCUGGCUACAAACGUCAAGAGACCACCCACCGAUUAAUGUGGUGAAUCCAGAAAUAAAAACUUUGAAAUAUUAUCGUAAUUAAUAGUACCGUGUGAAGUUCCCAAACGAUGGCGGAAGGCGAACAAAUGCUGGAGGGCUUCCUGUGUUCUAUUUGCAAGACAGAUUUGAAGACUCCGCAUCAACUAACCAAACAUUUUGAAGAAUAUCACAAUGAUAAUCCAGAAAUUCUGAAAACUCUCAAAGAACUGUACGGUAAAGCGAAGAAAAAAAUUUUAAAGCAUGAGGGAUCGUCGGAAGAAUUUGUAACACUCGACACAUCUUUGAAGUACCGUGAAUCCAGCCUAGACUUUUAUUACAACGAUUGGGAACCUCAGGAAUUGGGUGAAACUAGAUCCUACACAAGAUACUUUACUGAAGUACGAAAUGUAAGACUGGAACGAUAUUCUGCUGAAACUAAUAAACUUAUAAUAAGAUUGGACAAACUAUUAAAUGAAUUGCCAUCAGAUCCUAUCAGCAGAAGAGUCCAUGAGCAAUCCAUUGUUCCGUGGAUAGAUGACAAGUCUGUUAAACUUUGUCCAACUUGCGCUAGGAGUUUUCAUGUCGCUAGAAGAAAACAUCAUUGCAGACUAUGUGGAGCCGUUAUGUGCCACGAUUGCACAAUGUUUUUGGCAUUGGGAGAUGCAAGAAAUAUGGUGAAUCCGACCCUUGUACAAGAUGAUUCAGCAAUAUCUCCGACAUCGACCGAAUCCAGAAUUUCUGGCCGAUUUGUACGUGCCGGUAUAGGAUUAUCAAAGUUGGCUAGAUCCCCAUCUAGCGGAAGUUUAAACAGUAUUAUUUCAUUAGUUAAUGAUCCUUCUCGCAGUGAACAGCACUUCAGACUAUGCGUUCAUUGCGAAGAACUCCUCAGGUUUAGGGAGCAAUUGAAAGAGAGAAAAUUAUCAAAACCGAUCAUUUGCCAGUUUUAUGAAAAGAUGCGUUCAUAUAUAGACGAAGCAAACGAGCAUUCAGUGAUGUACAACAAGAUGUGCGAGUCUUUAAGAAAAGGGGAAACCACGUAUAAUCUUCAGGAUGCUCAAACGUUACGUGUUAAAAUAGCAAAGCUAGCAGAGAACAUAGACUUAAUCAGUAAGAGAAUCUCUAUUUUGGGAAUAAAGGACGUGGAUAAUCCCCCGAAAGGCCAAACUUUGAAGCUCCAGCAGAUGAUCAGAUCAGCAGCGACAACGUUUUUGAAAGAACACUUACUAAACUCCAAGCCCUUGCCUACAGAGGAGGAAUAUACAGCAUUCAAAGAAAGGCGUAGAAAAGCAAUUGAGGAUAGAAUCGAGCAUGAGAGACAAAUGGAGAUGGAGGAAUUGCAAAGAGAGAGACGGAGGGAACAACAAAACCGAGAAGCGCUCAUUAGCGAUUUUGUCAUAGUGUCAAGAAAUGAUCAGAUGAUACUGGACAAAUCACAAGGCUGGGGUCCAUCAAGCGCAACACCAAUACUCGCAUCAUCUAUGGAUCCGAUAAUAGAACAAAUGAACAAUCUUCGGGCGUAUAUAAAGCAAGCAAGGGACGCUCACAAGUAUGACGAAGUGGCUACUCUAGAAACCAAUUUGAGAGAACUGCAAAGUGCUUACUUUGCGAUGAAUCAAGGCAACAGUAGCGACAGCUAAAGGAUUUUAUUCACGUAAUAUUUUUUCCUUGGAAUUAUGUGAAGCUAAUCACGUCAACAUUCUAUCCAUCUAUCUUUGAAACCAAAGAACAAUACUCUUGAUUCGAAUAAUUUAAGAAAUUAAAGUAUAUAUGAUAUAUCUGUAAGUGAUAGAUACCUUGUUUUUGCCUCAAAGCACUUCGUACUGAAAAACCAAUGCCGAAUUGCGUCUAUAAUCACGACAGAGUUCAAAUGUAGGAAUAAAUGAUUAUUAGCAAUCGUCAUUUAUAGUCAAGGAACUAAUAUUUCUUGUGCAUGUUUUCUAAGUCAGUUGUGUAGGUUUAUCGAUGCACUCUUGGCAAAAUUGAACUUAAGUUAAUGUCAAACCAGUUCUGUAUUUCAAAGUGUUGACUUUACACCUGUGAAACAAGAUAUAAAUAUUGGGAAAAUAAGAUAUAUGUAUAUGUUGAACAUUAUACGAAGGUAUACAUUUUUACUAUGUAUUCUAUGUACAAUUGAACUAUUUAUACAUUUAGAAAAAAUUAAUUAUAAUAUAACACAUUUUUUUCGCGUACAUAUCAAUAUAACAAAAUUCUGUUACUUAGCCACCACCAAAUUUAAAUAUUCUCAAAUUUGACAAUAAGAUAGACAAAUAUUGACUUUUUACACACGGGCAAGUCAGAACUUUAGAAAAACUUACCUGUUAUUUAAUGACUUUUUCAGCUUUAAAAACUGGAAUAUUUCAAUAUUACACGUCCUCACAAUUUAAAUCCAUUCGUAUACUUUUUGCUAUCUUCAUGUUGAUCACACAGUCACUUUUGCAUACUUUGCUACAGGAAUUAGAAAAAUUGGACUUUUGAAACAUUGUUGAAAGUAGCAUCUACAGUCGUGAACUUCACACCACAUCAAAUUCCCAGAAAAUAACUUGACACUUCCAAUGGUAAGUGAAUAAUAUUUUUCGUUCAAGCUGACAGCCGAACAGUCUGAAAAGAUUUGCAUUCUUUAGUUUUUGCAAAAAGUGAAGUAUACCUGUUUUCAAAGUGUGAUGUGGAUUCGGAUUUUAAGUCAAGGCUGAUAUGCUGUGAUACUUCUCAAUAGUGACCAAUAUUGACGAAAAUCCGGAGAUUUAUUGGAAUGGUAAUUACUUUUGUUACUAUCAUCUGUGAAUAGGGAAUACAGCUUUCGUGAAGAAAAACAAAAGAAGUUUAAUUAUACUAAUUUAUUUCGUUCUUAACAAUAAUUAACAUAUUUGUAAUUGAUACAAAUCCUAGUUGAAAAGUUAAAAAAAAAAGUAUAAAACAACAUACUCGUAACGACGUAUGUAUAAGUAUGAUAAAGUAUAAAUGCAAUGUUAAGUGUACAUUAAUAAAAUACAAGACCUUUUAAGUAAAGAAUGAAUUGGAAAAAUGAAACAUAUUUGUAAAACAAGCUACUACUGGAACAUAUAUGUAGAAACUUCUAAUACAAGCUCUCUCGAUGAAAAGAAAAUUCCUUAUAAGAGUUUAAAUAGUGAAUAUAAUCUUAUGUCUCUUUUUAAAUUUAUUAUCAAAUAUCAAUUA